GACGAGAAUUCGGACCCCCCCCUUUUUUGUGACAAUCCGCGGGUGGGGGGCAAGAGGAGCCAGCAGAGAACAGGACCCCGCUCCGCCGUUCGGCGCGGCGCUGCCGAAGGAGACACCGGGUAGAACGGAGGAAGAGUCCCGACCGGCUGACUGCGGGGAUCCGGGGAACGAUCCCGGACAGAGACCUCAUGAAUGGAAAUCGGAACUACAGGAGCCGUUGGGGCCCAGUCCCUGUUCUCCAUGCCUCGGCGGCCCGGCUUUGGCACCAUGGGGAAGCCCAUCAAGCUGCUGGCCAACUGCUUCCAGGUGGAGAUCCCCAAGAUGGACGUCUACCUCUACGAGGUGGACAUCAAGCCUGACAAGUGCCCCCGUCGAGUCAACAGGGAGGUCGUCGACUCAAUGGUACAGCACUUCAAGGUGACGAUCUUUGGGGAUCGCAGGCCAGUCUACGAUGGGAAGAGGAGCCUGUACACGGCGAACCCGCUGCCCGUGGCCCCCGCAGGGGUGGACCUAGACGUCACUCUACCGGGCGAGGGAGGGAAAGAUCGCCCCUUCAAAGUCUCCAUCAAGUUCGUGUCCCUGGUCAGCUGGCACAUGCUCCACGAGGUGCUGACCGGCCGCAGCAUGGCCGAGCCGCUGGAGCUGGACAAGCCCAUCAGCACCAACCCGGUGCACGCGGUGGACGUGGUGCUGCGGCACCUGCCCUCCAUGAAGUACACUCCGGUGGGUCGGUCCUUCUUCUCGGCCCCCGAGGGCUAUGACCACCCCCUGGGAGGCGGGAGGGAGGUUUGGUUCGGUUUUCAUCAGUCUGUGCGCCCCGCCAUGUGGAAGAUGAUGCUCAACAUUGAUGUGUCCGCCACCGCCUUCUACAAGGCUCAGCCGGUCAUCCAGUUCAUGUGUGAAGUGCUGGACAUCCACAACAUAGACGAGCAGCCCCGCCCUCUCACAGACUCCCACCGGGUCAAGUUCACCAAAGAAAUCAAAGGCUACGCCACCACCUUCCAUGAUUCACCAGGUCUGAAGGUGGAGGUGACGCACUGUGGAACCAUGCGGAGGAAGUACCGCGUGUGCAACGUGACCCGUCGGCCAGCCAGCCACCAAACGUUUCCUCUCCAGUUGGAAAACGGUCAGACUGUAGAGCGCACCGUCGCCCAGUACUUCAGGGAGAAGUACAACCUGCAGCUUAAAUACCCACAUUUGCCCUGUCUACAAGUGGGCCAGGAGCAAAAGCACACCUACCUGCCCCUGGAGGUGUGCAACAUCGUAGCGGGUCAGCGGUGCAUCAAGAAGCUGACGGAUAACCAGACCUCCACCAUGAUCAAAGCCACCGCUCGCUCUGCACCCGACAGACAGGAGGAGAUCAGCCGGCUGGUUCGCAGCGCCAACUACGAGGCGGACCCUUUUGUGCAGGAAUUCCAGUUCAAGGUGCGCGACGAGAUGGCCCACGUGACGGGGCGAGUGCUCCCCGCCCCCAUGCUGCAGUACGGCGGCAGGGUGAGCACAGAGCACUUUAUGAACCGCACGGUAGCCACGCCCAGCCACGGGGUGUGGGACAUGAGGGGGAAGCAGUUCCACACCGGGGUAGAGAUCAAGAUGUGGGCCAUCGCCUGCUUCGCCACACAGAGGCAGUGUCGGGAAGAAAUACUCAAGGCUUUCACAGACCAGCUGCGUAAGAUCUCCAAGGACGCCGGGAUGCCGAUUCAAGGCCAGCCGUGCUUCUGUAAGUACGCGCAAGGAGCGGACAGCGUGGAGCCCAUGUUCAGACACCUGAAGAACAUCUACGCCGGACUGCAGCUCAUCAUCGUCAUCCUGCCGGGGAAGACCCCCGUCUAUGCCGAGGUGAAGCGCGUGGGAGACACCCUGCUGGGCAUGGCCACGCAGUGCGUCCAGGUGAAGAACGUGGUGAAGACGUCCCCUCAGACCCUCUCCAACCUCUGCCUCAAGAUCAACGUGAAACUAGGGGGCAUCAACAACAUCCUGGUGCCGCACCAGCGACCAUCAGUGUUUCAGCAGCCAGUUAUUUUCUUGGGAGCGGAUGUUACACAUCCACCGGCUGGAGACGGGAAGAAGCCCUCAAUUGCUGCAGUGGUAGGCAGCAUGGACGCCCACCCCAGCAGGUACUGUGCCACUGUGCGGGUCCAGAGGCCCAGGCAGGAGGUCAUCCAGGACCUGGCCUCCAUGGUGCGGGAAUUGCUCAUCCAGUUCUACAAGUCGACCCGCUACAAGCCCACCAGGAUCAUUUUCUACAGGGAUGGAGUUUCAGAAGGCCAGUUCAGACAGGUGCUUUAUUAUGAGCUGCUGGCCAUUCGUGAGGCCUGUAUCAGCCUGGAGAAGGAGUACCAGCCAGGCAUCACAUACAUAGUUGUGCAAAAACGCCACCACACGCGUCUCUUCUGUGCUGAUCGCAACGAGAGAGUUGGACGUAGUGGAAACAUUCCCGCUGGUACCACCGUCGAUACGGACAUCACGCAUCCGUACGAGUUUGACUUUUACCUCUGCAGUCAUGCUGGGAUACAGGGCACCAGCAGGCCCUCCCACUACCACGUGCUGUGGGACGACAAUUGUUUCACCGCUGACGAGUUCCAGCUGCUCACCUACCAGUUGUGCCACACCUACGUGCGCUGCACCCGCUCCGUCUCCAUUCCCGCGCCAGCCUACUACGCCCACCUGGUGGCCUUCCGUGCCCGCUACCAUCUGGUGGACAAAGAACAUGACAGCGCCGAGGGCAGCCAUGUGUCUGGUCAGAGCAACGGUCGGGACCCCCAGGCGCUGGCCAAAGCUGUUCAGAUUCAUCACGACACCCUGAGGACCAUGUACUUCGCCUGAGCCACCGCGAGCAUCGCCACCCUUUUACACACACACACACACACACACACACACACACAACACACACACACACACACACCAGGCACACCUGGCUCGCCAGUCAAGGAGCCCUCAUUUGUGCAAGCCCCCCGACAGCCUACACGCCUAGUCGAUCCGGACCUGACACUGUGCAGAGGAAAGGAGGGAGGGGAGGAGUCACCCCCACAACGGACUGAGGAUGCAAACGCUGCUUUAAAAAAGAAGAAAGAAGAGAAACUCAGCACUAUUAUGCAAUAUUUAACCAGCCAACUAGUUUAUUUUCGCCCUCAUCAGGCCCCCGUUCUCAUUGCCCCUCCUCUCUGUUCUCCCCUGUUUGUCUCCUGUUUACUUGUGGCCUUCUUAUUUGUGUUUUACUUCCCCCUCCUCAGUAUUUUACUCCUUUGCCAUCUUUCUAGUACUUGGUACUUGGUUUGACCCCCCACCAGGAGGAGAGGAGGAGUGGUCGGGCUGCAGAGUUUCAUUUGUUUUGGAAUAUAUUUGUUUCUUUGGACCAGUGGUCCUCUCAGUUGCCACUUUUAUAUUUUCCUUUUCCCUCUUGUUUCCUCUGUGUUGCUUUUUACGGAUGCCCGGUCUCUUCUACGGAGCACACUGCCACCUGUUGGCUACGAGGUAUAAACGCCCCUUUAAAGUCACAACAACAAAUAGUGGUCUUGCUACUUCAACUUUAGGAGUCAGCUGCCGCACAUGAACGGGCAGCUUAUACUGGCCUAUAUAAAAUAAUAAUUGCAGCCAUCUAUGGGUUUUAUUUAAAGUAUAACACUGUUAUUUGUAUCUGGUUGUAUUUUUCUUCCACAUUAUGUGAAACAUUUUAUAAUUCUUACUCUUUUUAUUAUUUCCAUUCACACCAUGUAAGCUUAGUAGUUUAUCACACGUUUGGCUCUUUCCCUCACAGCACGACAUGGCAGGUAGAAAUCACGGCGAUGGUUUCCUCUAGUGCAAUAAUCAGUUGAAUGAUGAUGAUGGGUUUUAGGAGACUUAUGAAUGAUUUAGAAGAACCGUCGGACUUUUUAUUUGACAGUGAGUGUCCUCUACAGGACAGUUUGCCAUAUGAUUGAUUGACCAUGUUUUAUGACUUUGCCCUUGAUGUUGGGCGAAAAUGGUGCAACCGCAGUUUUUGUGAUUUUCGUGUUUUUACUUGAAUCGAAGGAUUUUACGUGGCUCAAUGGUUUGAGAAUACUUCAUCAUCGGUGUGCAUCGUUUCCAAUUUCCCGAUCCUCAGUUUGCUAGUGAGGCUGAUUUCUUCAUUCUGGGUGCAAAGGCCGUAAAGAAGUAGUAUUCAAGUGCCUGGUGGGAGCGCCGUAUUAAAGGGUCAGAAGCUGCAGACCUCGUUGCUGUUUCACUGGGUUAAAAUAAUCAAAAAGCAUAUUCCAACAAACGGACAGCACCAGACGAUUUUUAAGCGAGAAACUUUCCUCCGUCUUUUUGUUCAUUCAGCAGAUCGUGGAUCCAGCUGCUACAGUGCGUUUGUAUCAGGUCGGCCACGACAUUAACGAAUCAUUUCAAUAAGCUGUCGGCAUCUAUACGGUAAUCCGGGGUCACGUUUGGGGGACUGAGUGCACGCUGCUUGUUGUCUCAACUAGAACAUGAACUUGUGCGCGCGGGGCGCAGAAGGAAUGAUGCUAAUGCCGCGCGGGGAGGCAGACGUUCCCUCCCUCAUGAUUCUCACUGUAAGCCUUUUUUUAAAGCCAGAUCGAAAGUAUAUUUGUACAUUUUCAAUUCCGUGACGCGCACCACUUAUUUUUGCUAACAAAAAAAAUGGUCUUACUAAUAAUUUUCGUAAUAGAUGUACGAUAAUAAGUAAUGGUUAGAGUUUAUUAUUGCAAUAGGCUGUUGACUUGUUCCUGUGUCGCUGUAUGAUGUGCGGUUUGUGUUAACAGUGGGGGUUGUUAAAACUAGUGACGUGUGUUUGGUCAUACCUUUAUCCACACUGACGUGGACUUUAACCGCCUCUUGCUUUGAUGUUUGGGUCAAAAAAAAAAAAAGAAAGAAAAAGAUGCAAGAUAUCGGGUGCUCAUUUAUCUGCUCUUUUUCCCCUGAGUUUGCCCGUUCUCGGUGGCAUGCAAAGCCUUCUCGGAGCAGUAGAAUAGAAGAAGAGUGUCGUUGAUCCCGUCUUAGGACGGGCUGUGAUCAAACUACGGAGGGUUUACGUUGGAUUUUGACUCCUCUCCGUACCCGAGCCCCCUCCUCCCCCCCCUCCCCGGUAAAUCUGUGGUGUAACAAAGCCUGUGACCUCAGUGUCAGCUCCCCUUUUGCUCCUGAACAUUUACUCCCCUUGAGCCAGAGGACCACACCACACAACACCCCCCCCCUCCUUGUGAUCAAGGAUAACUUGUUGGAAGUUGAAGCAGUUAAUUGAAGUUAAUUGCGAGGAUUAGAAUCCAUUUGUACCCCCCCCCCCCCCCCCUCUCCGCUGUCAGUAAUGGAUGUUGGGUUUGAAGGCGGUUGAACACAUGUUUACAUAGCAGAUGUGUUUGCCUUCGCCUACAAGUGAAAUGUCAUCAGCUGCGCUUUGCAAAUAUCAGCGUCAGUGAGAUGAGUAAAGAGCACUUGGGGGCCUGUGGAGGAGACGCUGGGAGGCGUGUGAGGACAUUAUUCCUUCGGUCGAUUUGUCCUCCCGUGUUGCACAUCGGGGGGAACAGACUUUGUCCUUUCCGUUUUGAUAAAAACUCGACUCGUUGGACCUGUUUGAAAUUAAAGGCUCCAGCCAGCUGCGGCCUUUGGUGUGCAAAUAAACACGGAAGUCUUUUUAAUGGAAGCUAAAGAUCAAACAUCGUAUCCAGUCACAGUCCGACGAAGCCAAAUAGCUAAAUUGUGUCCGGUCUGAGAUGAAGGCGUAUUCUGUUCCGAGUCAGCGAUCGAUGACCCUGAUCUUGGUGGCUCUCUCAGCAGUGGAAGGUAGCAAUGGAGGGAGAAGAAGUCAACUGAAAGUGCCUUUCCUCUCAAUGGUGCUGUAAAUUCAAAAUGUCAAAUCAAAGAAAGAGAAUGUCCUUUACAAGAAGUUGUAACAGUGCAGUAAAAACUCUCACUCUAGACCCUAUUAUUCGGUUGUUGUUGGUGUUGUUGUUUUUUUGAAGAAAUGGCAACGCAAACUCGUGUUUCAUGCAUUUAGACACCAAGCCUAUGUAGAAAUAGAAUAUAUGCCAAGUAUAUGUUUGUCGCUGAGCUUUCGAUCAAUGGUGUCUCGUUGGUACGGUGGAGUGUGGGGAUGGGGGGGGGGGGGGUCACACAGCUCAGCACACGUAUGAUACAUAGCACAGCACUUUAGAGAGUGCCGCUCUCACUCGGACACACAGCCGAGCGGUAUCGACCUCUGUCUCGGGAUGUCAGCACCUCGUUCCUCCGAACAGGACGAGCGGUCCAGAGGUUUUUACGAUUGGAUGGAAGGUUUUGUUCUUGAAGGGCAUUUUUUACGGAAUGACUUGAUUCAGCUCACUUUGUUGCCUGGUGAAGGUUCAUUGGGCUGCAGGUGUAUAAAGAGAGGAAGUGAACAGAACCAGUGUCGGUUACUGAACGUUGGCGGCUGACGGCCAGCGCUGCAGCGGCCCGCCAGUUCUCUCAUCUCAGUGCCCAUGUGUCCCGUCCCCCCAUGAUGGAGGGAGCCUCGCUGUCCUGAGCCGGUAGGGUGGUGGUCUGUGGUUCUGUGGGUACCUUUUUCAGUCCAGAGGGCGGAGAUGUUUCUAUUACAAGAGAUCUGAGAAAACAAAAAAAAAAGAAACACUGCACCUCACUUACCUUGGUAUGCUGCUCUACAUGAGAAGAAGAAAAAAACCCUGCGAAUUGCUUUUAUUAUGACAUGUAAUGCUCGAGUAAUGCCUGAUUGCGAUAUUCUUAUACGGUAACUAUUUUAGAGUCGAAAUAAGUAUAGCUGUAAAAAUAAUAUUCUGUUUUUGUCUUAACACUUAUUCAUUUUUGAAAAAUGGUUCUUGAGCCGAUUUAUUUUGUUGUCUUAUUUAAACGUGUCGUUCGUUAAAUUUAUAUAUAAAAAUAUAUAUAUAUGCGGAAUAUUUUAUGUUGUAUUUAUUGGGAGUGCAUUCAAGCAGCUGAAGUCUCCGCAUCAUAUUGCAGCAUGGUGGGGGCGGAGCCAGGAGGACGAGGCCUUUAGCCCCUCCCCCUCCAUGUUGACGCCUUAUUGUCUGAGACACGCAAGCACAACAACAUGGAGUGGGUGGAGGAAAGGGAAAAAGUGGACUUGACCUGCUGAUGCCUACAGGUCAGCCAUCUUUACCCUCCACUGAGAAGGCCCAAUGCCCCCCCCACACACCCACCCUUAGCUGCAGCUCAUCUCUGACGAAGGGCAGCGUUUCUGAACCACACUGACCCGAGUGACCAUUAGCUGACGUCUUUAUGAUCCCGAGCUGCUAAUUGGUACGUUAGCCGUGUAAAUUCAGCGAGCCAGUGGAGAGGGCGGGUGGAUGAACAUCAUAAGGAUGUUGAAUUGGCUCUUUUUUCCUGGCAGCAGGAGCAGAUCUUAUUCCCCCUGAAAAGAAGCCUCAGCCUUACACACUGGUCAGGUUUCUGUGACUUUUGCCUCCACGUACUUGGCCCUCUUCUCACUUCUCACGUGAACCACUAACACGGAGCCGGACUCUCGGCCCCGUUCGUACUGGUGUCAGAUCAGAAACCCGCUUCUGGUCAAACUGCAUGCGGAGAACGAUUCUUGGAGCGUUUUUUGGUCAAACCGAAUAAGCAGCGCAAUAAAACAAUAAAACGAUAAAAAGAUCUAAAUUACUUGAACGACCUUUUGACACUAAAUGACCUUUUGACACUAAUUGGCAUUCCAAAGCACUAUUUUCGGAUGCAGUUUGACGUGAGCAAGGAGGUUUUCCCCAGAGACAGAGGCCUCUAAUGAAUGAACCGCAUUAUGAUGGCCGCUGUUCUUAUUUCAAUUUCUUUGUUGGUCGCCCCCAUUGGAGGAUCAGAGACAUGGAGCUCUUGAAUAUUCCUGUCAAUCCGACCCACUCUUUCCUGUGAGCCCACUCACUUUCAAUUGAACCAUGUUUACUGCCAUGGCUAUCAAAUGGUUGACCUGUUUUCAUUCCAUUAGCGUUCCAAUAAUGCCUUUGAACCAAAUAUUGCACAUGAGAUUAGGCUCCUGGUGCCGUCGUAGACACAUCGGGGUUCUGAGGACCGGUAAUCUGACGGUGGGCCAAGGAUUUGGGUCUGCCGAUUGUUCAGAUUCCUAUUGGUUUUCUCCUUUUCAUGUAGCAUUACUCUUGUGUCGGUCUUGUUUCAAACUAAUCAUGUUGGACUCUGAGACCUCUCUGAGCGACGCACCAGCAAGCAGAUGUAUACCGGUGACCCUUCACCCCCAGAUGAUCCAUGUCUCAGUCCCUCUGUAUGUUGUACCAACAGCUCCACUCCAAAUGUCACUUUCUUUUCUAACUCUCUCUCAUUGGUUGUUGUUCUUUUUAUUGUUGCUUUGACUAAUACUUGCAAUAAAAUGCUAUGCUUUA